CAUGGGUGUAUCUAGACCAGCGUCAGAAGGCUCUGUAUCGAGAUGUUAUGCAAGAAAGCUAUGAGACACUAAUGUCUCUUGUGUGGGCAGGUGCCAGGUCCUGCUGGAAUAUGAAGUCAGCCUCCCCAUAAAGCUCGUCUGUGGAAGGAAGCAUGAAGUGCUCCAAAAUCUCCUGGUAGACGGCUGCGUUGACCCUGGACUUAAUGAAGCACAGUGGACCAACACCAGCAGAUGACAUGACUCCCCAAAUCAACACAGACUGUGGAAACUUCACACUGGACUUCAAGCAUCUUGCAGUGUGUGCCUCUCCAUACUUCUUCCAAACUCUGGAUCCUUGGUUUCCAAAUGAGAUGCAAAAGUUGCUCUCAUCAGAAAAGAGGACUUGGACCACUGAGCAACAGACCAGUUCUUUUUUUCUUUAGCCCAGCAGCUAAUCAACUGCUAAACAACAGUAACCACGAUGAGGAUGAGGAUGAGGAUGAUGACGACGAAGAGCAUGAAGGCAUGGAAGAAUUGCGGCCAGGUACCUCUCAAAGUGCGCCCAGAAGGGUCAAGCCCUUGACGAGACGGGAAACUCCCAAGCAGCCAAAGAUCAUUCCAGUGGUGAAGAAGGACAAAGCCACCCAGCGUGGACACGCCUUGAAAAAAAGCCUUGAGAGACGUUGCUCAGAUUGUACAAAGACUCUUCAUUCCGCUGGCAGAGGGCGCCAGAGGAGCGAAGCCAAUGCCGCUCGGGAGAAACCGUUCCAGUGUAGCGACUGUGGGAAAUGCUUCAUUUGGAGCUCCCACCUAGAGCGCCAUCGGCGGAUGCACACGGGAGAGAAGCCCUUCAAAUGCCUCAACUGUGGGGAAGCCUACAGCCAGAACUUCCACCUCUUGCAGCACAGCUGCGCCCAGCUGAUUGAAAAGCCCUUCAAGUGUCCUGAGUGCGGGAAACGCUUUGCCCAGAGCUCAGCCCUGGAGAACCAUCAGAAGGGCCAUACUGCAGAGAAGCCCCAUAAGUGCUCGGACUGUGGGAAAUGCUUCAUCUGGGCUUCCCAUCUGGAGAGGCACCGGCGGGUCCAUACCGGAGAGAGGCCUUUCAAGUGCCCUGAAUGUGGAGAGUCGUACAGCCAGAGUGCCCAUUUGGCCAAGCACCGGCGUAACCACAUGGGUGAACGCCCUUACAACUGCCCUGCCUGUUGGAGAAGCUUUGCACAGAUCGCUGAGCUGGAGGAACACAAGAAGACCCAUCUGGGCUGCGAGGACUGUGGCAAGGUCUACCGGAGCCGGCAGACACUGAUGCGACACCAGCGGGGACACCACCGUGAGCGCACCCAUCUCUGUGAAGAGUGUGGGAAAGGGUUCGUGUGGGCUUCCCAUCUUGAGCGCCACCGUCGGGUGCACACUGGGGAGCGCCCGUUCCCCUGCCCCAUCUGUGGGGAGAAGUUCGCCCAGAAGGUCCACCUCCUUCAUCACAACAAGACUCAUUCUCAUACCCGGCCCUAUAAAUGUGGGGACUGCGACAAAUGCUUUGGAGACAGCUCUGCUUUCCUAGCUCAUCAGCGGGGUCACGCCAUGGAGAAGAACCACAAGUGCCAGUAUUGCUCCAAAAGGUUUGCCUGGAGCUCCCACUUGGAAAGGCAUCAGCGUAUCCACACGGGAGAGAAACCCUACAAAUGCCCCGAUUGCCCUGAGCACUUUAGCCAGACUUCCCAGCUCUUCAAGCAUCAGCGCAGUCACCUAGGCAAGAGGCCUUACAAGUGCAGUGAAUGUGGGCGCAGCUUCAGCACCACCCUGGAAGUCCUCAUCCAUCAGCGGACCCACUUUGGGACCAAGCCCUUCCGGUGCUCCAGCUGUGGGAAGGGGUUCACCCGCCGAGCCAACCUACUCAAGCAUCAAAGGUGCCAUGUUAAGGAUUCCCCUAAGGAACAUUUAAAUGAACUGAAAUGUGAAGGCAAUGGGUUCUCCAGUAUUUAAUAGUUGAGAACCCCUGCAAGAGAAGGCCCUUACCAAUGUUCUGAGGUUGUGGAGACUCCAAUUCUUGUUCAGCUCUUGCAACAGGACCCGAUGCUAUGAACAUGGUGAGAGAGAAGAACGUUUUAGGAAAUGUGUAGGACAGUGGGAAGCUCACAGAAAAGCCUCGGUGGUGAGGUAUGGCUAUCACCAGCAUAUGAAAGAAGAUCUGUCAAGAAGACCAAUAAUAACCAUGUCCAUUGGCGAUGAGGAUCCUGAUUUAGAGUCCACGUGGAUGACUUUAUUUCACAUUUAGUUGAUACUGUACAUAUCAAUGUGCCCCAAGGUUGGGGGAAAAGCUUUAUUUACUGUUCAUCUCUACGUUCGGUAGCCUUGCCUCGGAUAGACCAAUUCUCUCCCCUCACAAUCCCCCUCCCUUUUUUUUUUUUUGAAACUCUGGAUAAUGAAGCUUUAACAAAUGCGGAAGACUGACCUCCAGACCUUAAUAUGCCUGACUGAGACUUUAGUAAAUGCUGUGGAAAUCUGCAUGGGGCCUGAAAACGGGCAUUUUUAAGCCUCUUGAAUGUGGAGAAAAAGCUUUAUUGACUAAAGAACCUAAACAUCUGAGGUUUUGUGCUGGCCAAUUUGUAUUUUAGUGAAUACCAUAAUUAGGUGGUACUGUAGUACCUGAAUAUCUAGAGACUAUCUUAAUAUCAAAACUAUUCCAUUCUUGAGACAUUGUUGUGGGGGGGACGGGAUGAGACGCUUCAUGGAUAAAAACCCUCCCUAUUUUUUCCUGGUUCUUAGAAUCCUAGCUGUUUAGUUUCUGCAUAACUAGUUUGGAGAGAUAUUACCUGCACCCAGAAAUAUUUGGAUUUCUUUUCUAGCAUUAAUUAUAGAAACAUUUGACUCUCCUGUAGUUAUGUGGAGUGUUGGUUUAAUGAGUCCCAGUCCACCAGUACACUUGGUUUUGGUGCUUUAACCUUGGGUGUCCUUGAUAGAUUGGUCACAGCGGUUUGUUCUUAUGCAGGGAAGUGGGAUUUGCUUAACCAAGAGAAUGGAGGGGGAUAUCGGUGCAUUUAGGUUGAGAUGGCCAAAAGGAUGGAGGGUAGACAAUAGAUAGAUUCCAGAAGAAUCCGGAAACGAGGAACACAUUUGUGGAUAGUCUAUGGAUGAUGGAAGAAGUCAGAAUUCAGAGGUGCCAGCCUUUCGUUUUUCAAGAAAAUUAGAAGCCGUUUCAGGUAUUGAUCCUGGGUCAGCUGCGUAAUUUUUCUUUCAGAAUGAUGAGUGACAUGUAUGAAGGGCCUAUCGAGGAGGUGUUGACAAACAGCACCUUAUGGCAUAAAAAGGAAAGGAACAAGGAUACCCAGAAAUUUUGGAUUGAUGCAAGUGUAAGGGGAAAAAGAAGCAGAACAUGAAUCUAAUCUCGAGAAGAGCAGGCUAGAAAUAUAAUGAAAGAGCACAAAAACUCAGUGGGAGGGAGGCCGUGCAAAGUUAACCUCUAGCAUUUAUCACUGGAGCAUGAUGUCCCUAGAAUUGGGGAGGAGAGAUGGAAAAAGGUUUUAGAGGAACCUGAAGAAGCUUGGGGUUUGAGAAAACUUGGUUGAGAAGAUAGGUGAUUGCUGAUGGAGGCUAUGGAAAGUGAAGGGAGAAUUCUAGGCAUGAAGGAUGGAUGGGAGGGGCCUCAAGCAAAGCCACUCUCGAGUCCUGAUAGCCAGUGAAGUCUGUAAGGCUAUGAUGAAAACAGAGGGAGGGUUGUCUUUCCAGUUGCUGAGGUUGUGAAUUGUUAUUUCUCCAGCUGCUGUACUUUCCUCAAAUCCUACCUCAGAUUCGUGUUCCAGAUGACUUAACUGGAAGAAUCCAUCUUGCCCUUCAAACUCUGUGACAUGCUUACUGAAGAGAUGCCCACAGAAGACUGGAAGACUGGCCUUGGGGAGAGUUUGGAGUUACUGCAAACAUGCUGUGAUUCUGCACGUCCACAACACACUUUGAAACACCAAAUCAGAGGAUUAAUAUAGAUGGAUGAUGUAUUAGUAAAAGGUCUUGUAACCCUGUCUCUUUCUCAUCCUAUUUGUCUGUGCUUCCCAACCAAUUUCCUUUGCUUUACUCUCAUGUUUCCUUCAGAAGUUCAUUUGCUUUAUUGCUUUUGAGGUACCUGUUUGACAUGAUAUGCUUCUCUUGAUUUUGCUCUUGUCCUAUUCCCCCAUUUUUUUGUCUAAAGCAAACAAGCAUUUUUCUGUUUUAGGACCCCUUUCCCCAACUGACUAACAGAGAUGAAAACUUUCCUAAUCUCUGAUUUUCUUUGUUGAUGGUUAGGAGUAAUCAAGUAAAAAAAUUGUAGCAUU